AUGAGCCUCCGACCAUGCAAGCAGUUGUGCGCUGAGCAGGAGAAGGACUUUAGCGUUUGUGUCAUUGAGAAGGUGCGGCCGCGGCGGCUGCGGCGUGCGGCCGCCAGCAGCGACGGUGGGCCGCAGCCGGGCGCUGGCUCCGAGGUGGGUGCCCACAUCCUAUCCGGCAAUGUCUUCCAGCCGACCGCUCUGGACGAGCUCUUCCCAGACUGGCGCGACAAGCGGGGCGAAGGGGAGGAGUUCGAGGGCCUGCCCCUGCGGGUGCAGGCGCGGCGGGACCGGUUCUACGCGCUGCUGCCGAGCGCGGCGCUGCGGCUGCCGACGCCGCGGCAGAUGAAGAACAAGGGCAACUAUAUCAUCAGCCUCAGCGAGCUGGUGCGGUGGCUGGGCAAGAAGGCGGAGGAGCUGGGCGUGGAGGUGUACCCCGGGUUCGCAGGCGCGCGCUGGGGGGAUGCUGGGGAUCCGCUGGGAAUCUGGGGCAAGGAGGUGCUCUACGACUGGCAGGGGGCGGUCGCCGGCGUCGCCACCGGGGACUUUGGCGUCGCCAAGGACGGCUCCCGCAAGGCGGCCUACGCGCCGGGGGUGGACCUGGUGGCGCGCUGCACCCUGUUUGGGGAGGGGGCGCGCGGCUCCCUGUCGGAGGUGACGCUCUCGUGGGGCAAGACGCCAGGGUGGGGUGGGACGAUCAUCAAGCGCUUUGGGCUGCGGGAAGCUGCCGGCGCCUGCCCCCAGACCUACGCGCUCGGCAUUAAGGAGACCCCGCACUAG